GCUGUGCAACGGGGGCGUGUUAUUUCUUCUGGGACAGCUCUCUCUCUCCAUUAAACCCGUCUCUCGUUGUACCUGUAUCACCUUUGCAAACGUGGGGAAUUACACGUUCAACCAUGGCGCUCCAAGCGAGGGCUAUCGUCGCAUCCAAGUGGCUUCUCGAUGCGGUCAAAGACCAACGGGUCGGACCAAAACUCCGCGUCUUGGACACGUCUUGGUACUUACCCAAACUCAGGCGCAACGCCAAGAGCGAAUUCAAACAGAGGCAUAUCCCGGGUGCAGCCUUCUUUGACAUAGACCAGUGCUGCGACAAAACAUCUCCGCUGGAUCAUAUGCUGCCAUCUGAGCGCAUUUUUGCAGAUUAUGUUGGAAAUUUGGGAAUUGGAAACGAUACGCACGUCGUGGUCUACGAUGCUAGCAACUUCGGCGCGUUCUCUGCGCCUCGAGUUUGGUGGAUGUUCCGAGUUUUCGGCCACAGUUCUGUCUCGGUUCUGAAUGGAGGACUCAAAAACUGGGCGAACGAGGGACUUCCAGUGAGUGACCGGUACUCCCGACCCGAGCAGACCGAAUUUAGGGCCUCUUUGAACCGAUCCUGGGUGAAGACGUACGAGGACAUCCUGGAUAAUCUGGAUAGUAAAGAAUUUCAGGUGGUCGAUGCCAGACCAGGGGGGAGAUUCAGAGGGGUGGAUCCAGAACCCAGAGACAAUACUGAGCCAGGCCACAUCCCUGGCUCCAUCAGCAUGCCCUUCUCCUCCUUCCUGUCUCCGUCCGGUCACCUCCAUCCCCGUGAAGACCUCCAGACCAUGUUCACCCUGGCUGGUGUCGACCUCUCCCACCCGCUCUGCGUGUCCUGUGGGUCGGGUGUGACUGCCUGCCACGUGGCCCUCGCCGCCCACGAGUGCGGGCACCCUGGGGUGUCUGUGUACGACGGGGCGUGGUCCGAGUGGUACACCCGCGCCGUGCCCGAGCAUGUGAUCUCUGUGGGGUUUGGGAAACACUCCCCUGUGUUUGAAUGAGGGAGGAAGAGGAAUGUGUGAUUUUGGAUGGGGAGGGAGAGGAAGCUCGCUGUGGUUGGAUGAUUAUUGGACAAUAGUUAGAACCUGCCUUACCCCCAGGUCAGUUGGCGUUUGAAUUCACGUCAGUUAGUCAGUCUUUCAUUCGCCUUAUCAUUCACACCAGACAAUGACAUCACUGAUUUCCUCAACACGAGGGGAAGUGGGUGGCCCCACUGGACAAUCCAGUACCUCUGCUAAACAGUGUGUGGGUCUGGUCCUUACGUAUAGAUGGAUGGGGCUGAACCCCACACGCCUACACAAACCUUAAGACAUUCUGUAGUCAUAUCAAUACUGUAAUGUCACUGAUUUUUAAUUUUAUUUGUGAAUAACAUGGUUGAAUUCUUGUACACAUCUGAUAUUAAAAAUAAGUUCUAUAAAAACUA